UAACAUUUGUAAUGUGUUCAGUUCUCAGGUGUGCGUGCAGGUAUGGAGGUGGAGGUGAAGGUGUCAGCGUGCAAUAGUCUACAGUGUAGUGACUGGACGGUGGCGCGGUACUGGACCAGGCCACAGCCACCACAAGUGACCUCAGGGCUCCAGUGGGUCACAGAUUCAAACAACUCUAUUACCAUCCGACUCCCAGCUGUGUCCUCCUUUCCUGUGUACCAGUGGGUUGUGGUGACCCGGGCCGGUGAAGACUCUGAGAGUGCUGAAGAGGUCGGCACCCGGGCCAAGAGUCUGGUCCUUAGGCCACAGGACACGGUGAGACAGGUCGAGGGAACCCAGGAGGGGGCCCAGGAGGGGGCCCAAGUGGGAACCCAAGUGAAAAUGAAAUGCAAUGCAGGGAUGGAGGAGUGGAUCGCUGCCAGACUUUACCAG